UGUAGCUUCUUCAAACAAGCAAAUAAAUGAUCAGCUACCCAUCCGUAUGGGGUACUCUUUCAAUUGUGAGCAUACAACUACAAACAAUCAGGAAAUAUAGAAUGACUCGAUAUUAUAUUCAAAUAAUUUCAAUUGUCUUCUUCUAUUUUUAUCAAUGUCAACAAUACAUUCCUUAAAUUAUCAUAUUCUUCUUGAUAUCUGUACUUAUUUAAACCUUGAAGAAUUUAUAAAUCUCACCAGCACUUCUAAAUAUCUUCAUGGAUUACAUUUUCAUGAAACUCAAUGGAGGAAACUGUGCUGGCAAGAUUUUAAUCUUAGCUACAACCAUCCGAAACAGAGUUAUCUAGAAUUGUAUAGAAAUUGUAAAGAGAUAAUAAGCAGUGCCAUAGGUAAUAGGUUACCAUGCGAGCAUAUAUGUUCAAUCAGUCAGCUUUUACUAUUCAAAGAAAACAAUCCUCCUACAGACAGCGAACAUGACCACGAUAAUCACAAAAAGGAUUUUGUAUAUCGGAAGUGCGAAAAAUGUCAAGCAAUGGGCAUUAGCAAACUCUCCAUGUGUUUAUUCGAGAACUGUCAUAAAACCUUUUGUGAAAGACAUGCUCGUGAGCAUCACCUACUAGCUGACAAAGCCAAAAAUCACGUUAUAUUUUACAAGCUGAAUAUGUCUGAGUUGUUCUGUCAAUUGUGUAUGGAUUGGCUCGGUGGAAAUGAUGUAGACUUGGCAGAGCAAUAUCAGGCUUCAUUAAUAUCUAAUCAUUGGUUUGAGAUUCUCGCACAGGCUUACAAACAAUCAUGUAAGAGAGGUCGAAUUGAACAGCUGCCAGAAUUAAUGACAAUGGAAAACGACAACCGCUGCACUUUUAGCAACAACAAUUGGGAUAGAGAAAAUGAUAUAUACUCGGAUGACCUUGCUCUUUUGAAAAGUACUGAGCUAUUGAAGCUGAAGCAAAUUCGGCAAAGGGAAAGGUCUCUCUUAACAAACGGGACAUUCCCUUACCCAACAUUGAGUAGUCAAGAUUACUGUUUUAUCUCUGCUGAGUGGAUUCAAAGAUGGGAACUAUUCGUAGAAGGGAAGCUCACCAAAGCUCUUACAGAUGAACCCAUAGAUCAAGAAGCAGCGAUGGCUGGGAUUUUGGAGUUGGAAAGCCAACGGUCUGUGUAUGUGUUGCCAGGUGUUGUGCUUGUUUCUAAUAAACUGUGGGAUUACGUUUCCAAUACAUAUGCUGUUAAAGGUCAAAAAAUUACAGAAGGUAAGGAAUAAGCAAAAGGAGCAUAUAACGCUAAUGCUUCAUAAAUGUAUAAUUAUGUUGGAAAAUCUUUAUAACGCUCUGCAAUUUUAAUACGAUACAAACAUAGACGAUUUAAAGAGUCGAGCAACAUGCAGACUAUUCCUGAAUAGACUUAGGAUUUGGGGAGAAAGAUUUGAAGCAUACCGUUUGAAGUCAAUGCAUUGACUUGGCUCUCUUCUUGCCUUCUGCAAC